UGGCGGUAGAUUUAGUUCCGACCCGUAUGUAUGACGUAAGGAGAAUUACAAUUGGGAAUGGGCAGUGGCUCUAUGGUCGAGUUCACCAGGAGAUGAACGCCAGACAGUUUCUGAGUCGCUUUGACGGUCAGUGGAAGCUUUUGGCUCGCUCGCUGAUUUCUGGAGUUUCCGGUGCCCACAGAGCGCUUCAAGUCUUCAGGCGGCAACAGCGGGCCCACCCUGAGCGAUCGCUGGCCGACUUCUUCGAAACACUUUGUCGAGACGAAAUCACAUGCCCGCGGAUGGAUGGGCAGCCCCUUACCGUUGAACCCCUGGUGUGGCUCUUUCCAGCACUGUUCAAGCAAAACUUGCUGACGUUCAUCUACCUGAUCCACUCGCGGUUCCCCGAAGGCGCUGUCCUCCGUCUACUCCAGUGUCUUGGUCAGGAGCCCUGUCCAAGCCCCUGGGUCGCUGCAUGGAAGAAGCAACUGGAGAGAAACAUGGGCUCCCCCAGCGAGGAACCUCUUUACAGCCCAGCUUGUGCUCAGCGACUAACAGCACUAUCACAGCGAGUGGGUGGUGAGACUGGACGGUGGGCCGAGUGCUCUGGCCUUCAAACGGAAGAACGCCAGACCGUGCCUUAUUUGUCUGAAAUGGAAACAGGGUGGAAAAGGAAAGGCCAUUUUGAUGUUCUGUAUGAUGAGGAUGAAGGAAUUCAGCAGCAGAACAAGCGAAUGAAGACAGAUGACCAUAUUGCUGGGCGAGCACAUGAUCACGAUCCUCUGCCUGAACAUAUGAAGAUUGUGGAAGAAUUGAACACGGAUGCUUCACGUGAGAUGCCAGCAUGGGAGAACCCCCACCAUCCUCUGCCUGAACAUACUAAGAUGGCAGAAGUAUUGGAAACAAAGGCGCCAGAACAGGACAACGCCCAUGAUCCUCUGCCCGAACACAUGAAGACCUCUGUUCUCCAAAUAAAGGAAUUAUUACAAAGUCAGACCUCAGAGUGGGACCACCGCUUGCUUGAUGUGUUUAAAGUCUUGAAUGACUGUAACGCCGCUCAAGUGGAAGUACUGUGUUGCGAGUUGAGGUUGUCCGACUUAGCAGAGCACACUCUGCCGCAGCUUUGCAGCAGCAUAUUGGCUCUCUCGCCUGACCUCAGCUUCAGCACAGCAGCGACGCUCAUCAAAAACCUCCUGCUGCAGAGAGUGCUGUCCCUCUCCGAGCCUGCAUCCAGAUGCCUGGUGAGUGCUGUGGCGUCACUCUGCAGCCGCUACACCAGAUCAUUGUGCCAUGCACUGAUUGGACCGCUUUUAGAGCAGGACAAUUUAGGCACUGCACAAGCUGAGCUCAUGAACAAACUGAUAGAAGGCUGUCUGGAUUCCCACUACAGGCUGCUCGUGCUUCAGAUGACACUGACAAUAUCGUGGAGUGAGACGCUCCUUUCUAUUAUACACAGCUUGCUGGAUUCCAAGCCUGACAUAAAUGAUGAACUGUUCACCCAGUUGACUGAACAGCUGGUUAGCCAGGCUCGUCAAUUCACAAAAUCUGUCAACUUUGCAAAAAUUAUGUUGACUGUCCUCACAAAAUAUGGCAGCCUCAUGAAUGCUUCACACAAACAUUCCCUGGCUGGUUGCCUGAUGCUAAAUGAGACGUUCCUAAAAAGGUCUCUUCAAGCUUUGUUGAAAAGAAUCUCUGAUGCAUAAAAAUAAAUAUUUAUGUUCAUGUUGUUCUAUACAAAACUAUUGUAAUUGCAUUUACAAUUGUGCUAAAAAAAUAUUGGGAUGUUGGCAUAUUACAAAUAUGUACAAAAAAUAUCUAUUCGGUAUCGCGAAACCAGUCCAGUUCUGGGUGACACGACACCACCCCAGGUCUCCACCAAAUCAGGUACCAUCCAAAUCUGAUGUUUCAUUUCAAAAUAAAUAUCGCCUGAAAUCUGCGUAUUUCACUGUCAU